AGUCGGCUUGUUAGUGCAUCCAUAGCUACCUCAGCACGUCCGCACAAGGCAACGGGAGGCGAGUCGGAGUUGGCGGCAGUCAGCUGCAUUACGAUGUCAACGGUGGCUCCCCUGCAGUAAGCACACAAAGGUUAUGCUGCCCAAAAGCGGUCUGAGGCCGAGUGAGAAAGAAAAGGGCUAAAGCCACAUCUCUCCCUAACCCCGUUAGCUCUCCAGACAGAGCCACAGCACUGGCACCCAUCCCUCAGAGAAGAGGAGCCAUGAGCAACCCCAACACACCCAGCAAUGUCACAGAUGCCAUGGAAUCAGUCAUCCACAACCCGGAGGCGCCGUCAGCCUCGUCCCUGCGAGGGGCGCAGCGGGCGAAUGAGGAGGAUGAAGGGGACCUGAACAAAGCCCUGGGGGUCCACAGGUUCCAGCAGAUCAUCAGCCCUGCCCCCAGGGUCCCCGACGAGCAGCACCGCACCUACAAUGAAGAGGACUUUGAAUACCACCGUCACUCCUCGCACCACAUCCACCAUCCCCUGUCCAAGCUGCACUUCGAAGGGAGGAGGAAGAAGAGCGGCAAGAAGAAAAACAAGGAAAGAGACCGCAAGGAUAGCAGCACUACUAUUGAGGAAGGAGAGGAUGAGGAAGAUAAUGAGGAAGAGGGUGGAGAGCGCCACACCCAUCUCUCUGAGACAGAAGAUGUGCAGUUCUUUCUGUCAGAUGAAGAUCGCCUGGCCACACCUACCACAGACAUCCCCCACCCUGCCCGAGGGCUGGAGGUUGUUCCCCAGUCUGGCGUGAGCACCGAACCUGAAGAUGCCACCUCCACAGAAAAGCCCUGUCCGGCCUCGUCCAGCAGUGACCCGUCCGAACCCACCCCUCUGAUCCGCGUGGCCAGCCGCAGCUACGACCUGCAGGAGCGCCGGCGCACGGGCAACAUGACUGGCACCGAGCAGGCCAAGUACGAGCGGAUCCCCACAGACGAGAGCGAGGCGCAGACACUGGCCUCCGCCGACCUGGAUGGGAUCAAAAGCCAUCGUUUUGAGGAUGUUCCUGGGGUACGGAGACACCUGGUCAGAAAGAGCACCAAAGGCCAAGUGGUGCAUGUCGGCAAGGACCACAAGGAGCCCAGCACACGCAGCCACAAAAAGGACCGGACCCCACAUGAGGUGUUUGUGGAGCUGAACGAGCUUAUCAUGGAUAAGAACCAGGAGAUGCAGUGGCGGGAGACGGCCCGUUGGAUCAAGUUUGAGGAGGACGUGGAGGAGGAGACUGACCGCUGGGGCAAACCCCACGUGGCCUCGCUCUCCUUCCGCAGCCUGCUGGAGCUCCGCAAGACCAUCUCCCAUGGGGCGGUGUUGUUGGACCUGGACCAGAAGACCCUGCCUGGCAUCGCCCACCAGGUGGUGGAGCAGAUGAUCAUCUCAGACCAGAUCAAGGCUGAGGACCGCGCAAACGUGCUCCGAGCCCUGCUGCUCAAACACAGUCACCCGAGCGAUGAGAAGGAGCACAGCCACAACCCCUUCCCCAGGAACAUCUCGGCGGCCAGCCUUGGCAACCUGCUGCCCCACCAACACAGCUCCAACCACAUCCACCAUCCAGAGCCCUCCGUCACAGACCCCCUCAUGGGCUCGACAAGCACGGGGGAGCAGGAGACACGCAUCGACAUGGAGAAGAAUGACCUGCAGCAGAUGGAAUCUACUCCAAAUAUCGGCAUACACCGGUCCAAGUCCAAGCAUGAGCUCAAGCUGCUGGAGAAGAUUCCAGAGAAUGCUGAGGCCACUGUUGUCCUUGUGGGCAGUGUGGACUUCCUGGAGCAGCCCACCAUGGCCUUUGUGCGGCUGCAGGAGGCGGAGGAGCUGGACUCUGUCCUGGAGGUCCCAGUGCCAGUCAGGUUCAUCUUCGUCCUGCUGGGACCCCCCAGCACCAACAUGGACUACCACCAGAUCGGACGCUCCAUCUCCACACUCAUGUCUGACAAGCACUUCCAUGAGGCGGCCUACCUGGCGGACGACCGCCAGGACCUGCUCAACGCCAUCAACGGCUUCCUGGACUGCAGCAUCGUGCUGCCCCCCUCUGAGAUGUGUGGUGAGGAGCUGCUGCGCUCCGUGGCACGCUUCCAGAAGGAGAUGCUUCGCAAGAGGGAGGAGCAAGGAGCCCUGCAGGCCAAGGAACCCAAGAGCCAGGAGGAGAAAGAGGCUCUCCUCUCACCCGGGAAGCCGGGAGACGACCCCCUGCAGCGUACUGGACGACCCUUCGGAGGCUUAAUCCGAGACGUGAAGCGCCGCUACCCAAAGUACGUGAGCGACUUCAAGGACGCGCUGAACGCCCAGUGCGCGGCGGCCGUCAUCUUCAUCUACUUUGCUGCCCUCUCCCCCGCCAUCACCUUCGGAGGCCUCCUGGGUGAGAAGACUGAGGGUCUGAUCGGUGUGUCUGAGCUGAUCGUGGCCACAGCGGUGCAGGGUGUUUUCUUCUGCCUCUUGGGGGCCCAGCCGCUCCUGGUGGUGGGCUUCUCCGGACCCCUGCUCGUCUUCGAAGAGGCUUUCUACUCGUUCUGUAAGGGGAACGAGAUAGAGUACCUGACAGGCCGGGUGUGGAUCGGCUUCUGGCUCAUCAUCAUCGUGGUGACGACAGUGGCCUUGGAAGGCAGCUUCCUGGUACGCUUUGUCUCACGCUUCACCCAGGAGAUCUUCUCCUUCCUCAUCUCGCUCAUCUUCAUCUUCGAGACCUUCUCCAAAAUAGGCAAGAUUUUCAUGGAGCACCCAUUGCAGCGCUGUUACCUUGACAACAGCACGGCGGAGAACACCACAAUGGAAAAUAGCACCCUGGAGCUAUUGCUUGGCAACGGCACUAUUUCGGUGGUGCCGGUGAAGGUCCUAGGGGAACCCAACACGGCACUGCUCUCCCUGGUGCUCAUGUCUGGAACCUUCUUCAUUGCAUUCUACCUGCGCAAGUUCAAAAACAGUGCCUUCUUCCCCGGCAAGCUCCGUAGGAUCAUUGGAGAUUUCGGGGUCCCCAUAGCCAUCCUCAUCAUGGUCCUAGUGGACUACAGUAUACGGGACACUUACACACAGAAACUGAGCGUGCCCAGUGGCUUCUCUGUGACCAGUCCUGAGAAGCGUGGCUGGGUGAUCAACCCCCUAGGCAUGGACACCCCGUUCCCAAUCUGGAUGAUGUUUGGCAGCGUGCUGCCCGCCCUCCUGGUGUUCAUCCUCAUCUUCAUGGAGACACAGAUCACCACUCUGAUAGUGAGUAAGAAGGAGCGAAUGCUGGUGAAGGGUUCUGGUUUCCACCUGGACCUGCUGGUGAUCGUAGUGCUGGGCGGCACCUCUGCCCUCUUCGGCCUGCCCUGGAUGGCCGCCGCCACUGUGCGCUCCGUAACGCACGCCAACGCCCUCACCGUCAUGAGCAAGGCGGUCGCCCCCGGCGACAAGCCCCGCAUCCAGGAGAUCAAGGAGCAGCGGGUUACAGGGUUGCUGGUGGCCGUCUUAGUAGGCCUUUCAAUAGUGAUCGGAGACCUGCUGCGUCAGAUCCCCAUCGCCGUGCUGUUUGGCAUCUUCCUCUACAUGGGCGUGAUGUCACUCAACGGAAUCCAGUUCACCGAGCGUUUGAUGCUACUGCUGAUGCCCCCUAAGUACCACCCCGACCACACCUACGUCCGCAAGGUGAAAACGCUGCGGAUGCACCUGUACACACUGAUCCAGCUAGUGUGUCUGGCGGCGCUGUGGGCCGUGAUGUCCACCGUGGCCUCGCUGGCCUUCCCCUUCGUCCUCAUCCUCACCGUCCCCGUCAAGAUGUUCCUGUUGCCGCGCAUCUUCACCACCCGUGAGAUGCAGUGUCUGGAUGCUGAUGACGCAGAGCCCAUCUUUGACGAGAGAGAGGUCCAUGAUGAAUACUCGGAGAUGCACAUGCCUGUGUGACCCACGCCAUCAUAUACCUACCGCUGUAUUCUUCCCCCAGUGGCCACCCCAUCCUGCCAAUCAAUCGACCAGCCAAGGAGAUGCUUGCCCAAUGGCUCCACCAGCAAAGACCCUAUAUAUAUAUAUAUAUAUAUAUAUAUAUAUAUAUAUAUAUAUAUGACAGACCAUCAUUGAGCACUGUUGGUCCUUGCUUCCAUUGCUGUAACCUGACCAAAGGGUAAAGAUGUGGCAUGCAGUCUUGGUGUUCUGAGACCCAGCUCUGUCAUGGAGGGGUUUAAGACCACUCAUAACCCCUGUCAAUCUCAUUCACUGGGACACAGUUCAAUUGGGUGCCAUGAAUAGAUUCAACGUUCUCAUGACAACAUACAGGCGUUCUCAUGAUGACACACAGCUGGAAAUGGGGACACAUUAUAAGGGGGAACUUCCUGUCCCCUGAAGGGGUUAGGGGUCAUAACCCUAUAGAGAGCACUUUGUGGCAUUAGGUAUGAAUACAGACUGAAAGGUCCAACCGGUUCAGCAUAUUUAUUUAUAUCAUUCAUCAUCAUCAUCCAUGUUUUAAUAUAUUUCAACAUAUUAGCCUUUUUUUUUUAUGUAGGGGAGAGGUUCAAAUUAAGUUGUGUGCUAUAAAUGUCUAUUUUCAAGGUUUAUUCCAAUGACAGUAUAUGGUAGGUCGUUUAGUACACAAUGAUUAAUUGUUCAACCCUGAAAGGUUGCGCUGAUUCACAUUGAAUGUGUAGAGGAUUAUAUAUGGCAUACAUUCCUUGAGUCAAUAUAUUUAACAUAUUGCGCUUUCACUUUUUAUAUUUAGCUCUUUUAGCUCACUAAGCGCCUUAUGAAGGACAUGAUAGCUGUACAGGGACACCUAAUAAUGUUACCUUUGUUUUUAACAGCUGUUCCAUUCAACAGCCACUCUCAGCACUUUUUAAGACACCAAAUCUGGACAUUUCUAAAAAGUUAGUUUUUGGGGUAUAACGUUGAAUGUUUUAUGUUUUACUUUGUGUCUUCAUAGUCUAUCAAAUACUAUGCUGUGUAAAAAGUGCGAUUUAGUUUCCAAACGAUUGCAAAGGGGACAACCUGCUCCAACCUCUGACUGAUAUUAAGGUGAUGGUCCAGUGGUUUUUACCAAUAGUCAUUACAACAGGUUAGCAGUCACAGCAGUCUUGUGGAGUCGUGAUGAAAUGUUGGGUAUCUAUGUUAUUGUGUCGUUUAUUUGCUUUCAUCCAGUAGUCAUCCCCCUCUAGUGUUUAUGCUGCCGCUGUGGUGGCUAAAGCUUACCAGCAGAGGGAGACCAAAUGUAACCAAAGUACACAUUGUAGUACCAAAUGCUUUUAAAGUACUGUACUGAACGGGAAAUAACUCCCCAAUCAUUUUGUCAUUCGUAUUUUCUCCAGAAAAACAUGUAUUUGAGUUACUGAAAUGGGAUCACGUCUCUCAAGUGCUACACAAUCUCAACACAUUUCUGAAGUACUGGGUAUAUACGGUGCCUUCGGAAAGUAUUCAGACCCCUUGACCUUUUCCACAUUUUGUUACGUUACAGCCUUAUUCU